AUGAAGUUGGGACUGAUUUUCUUUGUAUUUCUCUUCUCGAUGGCUGCCUCAAUGGCGCCUAGGAAUAGGCGUGAGCAGACGUCUCAGGAGCCACAGCGGUAUUGUGCGCCGCAGACUCCCUGCGCUUGGGCCAUAUACAAGAAGCCGUACAAGAACUUGAUAGAGAUGAAUGUCAAUAAUACAUACUGUGUCUGUGAGCCAGGUCAGACAUGUAUGCAGGCUGAGGAGAACGAGGCCGCUAGUGCGUACGUCCACAAAUGCAUCGGCACCAACAGCUAG